AUGGGACUCGCCGCAGCUUCCGAAGUUGAUCCCAUUUCGAAGGUGUUUGACGGAGAGCGGUCGGGGAACGUACAGACACCCACUGCGCAGUUGCGCGACAAUCUCGCACCAGGGUUCCAUAAAUUUCGUCGCCCGCCCUCGCUGCUGUGUCUACAAAUCUUCUUCCGCAACCCUCCUUUCCCAAACCUAUUCCUCCCCUGCCUUUCUCUCCAUAGCGUUCGCCCGAUCCUGCAACUUCAACUUUUCGACAUGUCGAACUUCUUGAACCAAGACUUCGGCUCCGAGGAUGAGGACGAAGAUUUCAACCCUGUGCCCGUCGCGGGCUCGGAUGACGAAGACGCAAAGCCCGCGAAAGAAGAUGGCGAUGACACCGGUGCCUUGACGCACGAAGGCGAUGCUGAGGCCGAAGAUGAAAAAGACGAAAAACACAACGAUGCGGAGGACGACGAGGAGGAGGAAGAUGACGACGAUGAAGAAGAAGACGAGGAGGAGGAAGAAGUGGUUCGUAUCAAACAGUCUAAGAAGCGCGCAAGGAACUCACUGACUCUGGUUGGCGUCAAGAAUCGUCCACGCAAGCGCAGAAGGGGUGGUGUCCAUAAUUUCUUCGAAGAAGAGGCCGGCGUCGAUGAGGAGGAAGAUGAGGCCGAAGACGAAGAGGAUGAGCUCGCCGAGUUCGGCACCGAAAUGCACCCUGACGACCUUGAUGCCCUGCCCGCAGGUGCUGAAACCGAUGACCGACGUCACCGACAGCUGGAUCGCCAGCGUGAACUUGAUGCGACGAUGGACGCGGAGAAGCAAGCACAGAUGCUGAAGGAGCGAUACGGACGGAACCGUGCCGCAGCGACCGAUGCGCUUGUCAUCCCGAAACGUCUGUUGCUUCCCAGUGUCGAAGACCCUAGUAUUUGGGGCGCGCGGUGCAAGCCUGGAAAAGAACGCGAAGUUGUCUUCAAUAUCCAGAAGCGAAUCCAAGAACGCCCGGCCCACUCUCGAAACCCUUUGCGCAUUCUUUCGGCCUUCGAGCGCGGAAAUGUCAUGCAGGGCUGGUUCUACGUCGAAGCCCAACGACAGCCCGAUGUCAUCGCGGGACUGGACCAGCUCAACCAUUACUUUCCCUCCCGAGGGCUGACCCUGAUCCCGGUCAAGGAUAUGCCGGAUCUUCUUCGUGUACGCAAGUCGGAGGAGCUCCACCCCGGUGGAUGGGUUCGCGUCGCGCGUGGUAAAUACAAGGGUGAUCUGGCUCAGAUCGAAGAAGUUGAAACCAAUGGCCUCACCGUCACGGUUCGAAUCGUUCCUCGACUGGACUAUGGCAUGAACGAAGAUGAUAAUGCUCUGGCGCCGGGCGCCGAUGUCAAGCGCAAGCGAGCUACCAACAAGUUCCGCCCGCCGCAGCGGCUCUUCAGCGAAGCAGAGGCAAAAAAGAAGCACGCCAAACAUCUAUCUGCUACAUCUGGCCUGCGAGGCAAGUCAUGGAACUAUAUGAAUGACAAUUAUGAGGAUGGUUUCCUUAUCAAGGACAUGCGCCUGAACCACCUGACAACCAAGAACGUGAAUCCGCGGUUGGAAGAAGUGACAAUGUUUGCUCGUGGAUCUGAAGAUGGCACUGCCAACCUGGAUCUGGCCGCUCUUGCCGACACAAUGAAGAAGUCAACCGCCUCAGACUCCUAUCAGCCCGGUGACCCAGUUGAGGUGUACCGUGGUGAACAGCAGGGCUUGGUCGGUCGUGCGGAAUCGACUCGUGGUGAUAUUGUUUCGCUGCGAGUUACCGAGGGAGAGCUGAGUGGUCAUCUCAUCGAUGCUCCUGUCCUAACCCUUCGGAAACGCUUCCGCGAGGGUGACCAUGUCAAGGUCAUCGGAGGAAGUCGCUUUCAGAACGAGUUGGGUAUGGUGGUUGAGGUCAAGGACGACAAUGUUACCAUUCUUAGCGACUCGACCAUGGAGGAAAUCACGGUUUUCAGCAAAGAUCUCCGUCUCUCCGGUGAUACUGACGCUGCAGCUAGCAAGGGGCCUAGCUACACGGGCCAGUGCCGACUUCACGACCUUCUUCAGCUUGACAAUUCUACCGUCGGUUGUGCCAUCAAGGUUGAGCGCGAUCGCAUCCAGGUUCUUGAUCAGCAUGGCUCUGUCCGCGAUUGCACUCGCUCUCAGGUCAUUAACAUCAUCAAGAGAGAUAGCUACAAAGCCGUCGACGCGGACGGUGCCGAGAUUACAGUCGGUGAAACCAUCAAGGAGCCCCUUGGGGAGAAGAGAAAAGGAGAAAUUAUCUAUAUUUACCGCGGAAUCGUUUUCGCAAUCGACAAAGAACGGGUCGAGAAUGGAGGUGUCUGGGUGACGCGGGCGAUUAACACUCGUUCCAGUCAACCAGCAGGCGGUCGCGAGUUGCCCUCUCUUGACAAGCCCAACCCGCAAAUUAUGAACCAGCAGCUUAAGAAUAACUACGCGAGUCCUAUUGCCAUGCCAUCGACGGGUGGUCGUGACCGCCUGGUUGGCCAAACUGUGAGUAUUCGCAGGGGCCCGCUCAAGGGUCUGCUCGGCCGUGUCCCGUACGCGAACGAAAAAUUGGCUUGUGUCGAAUUUGUGUCUGGUAAAAAACCAGUGAUGAUUCCCCGCGAAGAUCUUCUCCCGAGAGAUCCAAUCACGAACCAACCAAUCCACAACUUCGGUGGCCGUGGCAGGGGAUCUCGUGUCCCUUUCGGAUCGUCUACCGCACCUCCCCGCCGAGAUGGCUGGCAAGGUGGGCGUACACCAAUGGCUGCCCCCGAUUCCUCUCGAACCCCAGCCUGGGCUGGCGCUUCCUCUUCGCGCACUCCUGCAUGGGGUAGCAGCAUGAGCGGUUCACGUACCCCUGCUUGGAAGAACGACGGAUCCCGAACUUCGAACCCUUACGAUGCUGGAAACCGUACCGCUUACGGCGGCGGCAACCGCACUCCAGCCUGGAACACCGGCUCCCGUACCCCCUUCGCUGGUGCUGGCGGUGACGACGCCUUUGUAACUGGAUCUCGCACUCCUGCAUGGGGUGCCGGGAACCGCACUCCUGCCUGGGGCAGUUUGGCUAGCGCCCAAGACCAGCGUGAUUUCGAUGAUGCUCCUACCCCGGGCGGAUACUCUGCUCCUACUCCUGGGGGGUAUGCGGCCCCGACUCCGGGUGCGUCUGCACCAACCCCCGGCGCCUGGGGCGCAGACGUCCCCACCCCCGGUGCUUUCAAUGCGCCGACUCCAGGUGGCUUGCCCAAGCGCAGCGGCUAUGACGCUCCUACUCCUGCCGCCUACGAUGCCCCUACUCCGGCGAUGGGUGGUGCCGCUGCUACGCCUGGUGCGGGCUAUGGCGACGAAUACAGUGCUCCUCAGUACGAGGAGAACACACCUAGCCCCUGA